AUGAAAAAUGUGCGUUGCUUAUUUUACUUUUGCAAUUUAUUCAUCCACAACAGUGAUAGAAAAACAUAUUACAAUUUAAGAAUAAACAGAAUCCCGAAUAAUAAUAAGGUAGAAAGGAACAGAUUAUAUGAUAUACAAGACGAUCACUACAAUUAUUUAGAAAAGAGUAGGAAUAAUGAAUAUGAAGACAUUUUAAAUGAAAUUAUUUACGAGUAUGAAGAAGAAAGUCUCAAGAGAAAGAAGGAAGAACAAAAAAGGAAAGAAGAAUUGAAAAAGAGAGAAGAAAUAAAAAAAAAAGAAAAUGAAAAAAUAUAUAAUAAUAAUAAUAAAACAAAUGAGAAACCAAAUGAUAUUUAUAAAAACGAAAAUGUUAAUUUAAUACCAGAUUAUUUUCUUAAAAACACAGUUAAGGAGGAUGAAACUGAAGAGAAGGAAAAAGAUGAAAAUUCAUCUAUGAGAGAUGAAAUAAAAAGAAUUGAAAGAUUUAAAGAAAAUAAUAUAUUAAAUUUAUGUAAUUUAAAUUAUGACAUAUUAAAUUUGUUAUUAAAGAAUGAAUUAAAGAAUAUAAAUAAUGAAGACGAAUCAGAUAAUCAAUAUAAUAAAAUAAGUUUAUUUCUUGAAACACAAAUAAAUAGAUCUAAGGGUGAAGAAAAUUUAUAUAUUGAUGAUAGUGUUGGUAGAUAUUUUGUAAAUAUUGAUGACGAUAUAAUUAAUUCAAUUACAGAAAAGGAAUUACAUUUUUUAAAAAAUGAGAUAUAUAGAAGUGUUAUCUUUUUAAAAUAUAAGUAUUUGAAAAGUUAUAAGACAGCUAUUCAUAAUUUAAAGCAGGAAAAAAAGGUAAAAACAAAAGAAAUAAAUAAGCAUGUGUCUGUGGUAUAUGAAGAUAAUGAUAAUGAAGAAUCAUUAAAUGAGGAUGUUACAAAUAGUAAAAAUGAAAAUAAUGAUGAUAAUGACAAUGACAAUAACACUGAAAAUGACAAUAACGAUGAUGAUAAUCAUUUUUACACAAAUAAUAAAAGUGUUAGUAAUGAAUCAGAUAAUAAUAAUUUAUCUUUAGAUCAACUUGAAAAGAUUGAUCAAGUAUUAUCCAUGCAAAAUAUUCAAGAAUUUAUUGAUGCCAAUCAAAGACUUAAUUUAUUGAAGAAAAACUAUGAAGAUUUAAAAAAUUUUAACAUAUUUGAAAUAAUAGAUAAAAAUAAAUUUCUAAACAGUUUUAAAAUAAAAAAUAUAAAUUUUUAUCAAUACAACUGUUCGGUGUUAUAUGAUACCAUGAAUAAGUUCGUUAAAGGAAUAAAAAAAGUAAAAGAUAAAAAUAAUUCUGAUGAGAAUGACAAAAAUUUAAUGGAGAACAAAAAAAAUAAAAACCAACAGAAUGGUGAUACAAUUAAUAGUAAUAAUAAUAAUAAUAGUAGUAGUAGUAGUAGUUAUAAUAAUAAUUCUUCAGAAGAUAUUCAAAAAAAUUAUUCAUAUAUAUGUAUCCCAAAAAUUAAUGAUUUUAAUUUUUUCAAAGAAGAGAAUAAAUCAAUCGUUAUUAAUCUUUCAAGAAAUAAAUGUGAUAUGGAUAAUGACAAAAAUAAAUUCCCUAUUACUAAUGAAUUAAAUAUUGAAACAAAAAAAGGUAUACUUGUUUUAAGUGCUCAUGAUAAUAAUAUACAAGUGAGUGUAAGAAAUAUCUGUGAUAAAAUUUCUUACUUGACACAAAGUUUUGUAAUAUGUCCUCAUAUGAAUUAUAAAGAAAAUUAUUUACAAAAUAAAAAAACCAUUUUAAGAAUUAUAAUGUUAAUGUUAUUUUAUUUUAAUAUUAAACAUAUGUAUGUUAUCUGUUUAGACAAUGAAAGCUCCAUGUUUUUAUAUAACUUUUUGAAUGCAUAUAAGAAUGAUGAUAAUAUAUCUCCUAAUGACGACAAUAAUAAUUUGUUUAGGAGUUUGUUAUUUGAUAAGAAUGAAUCAUAUAAAAAAAUGAAUUAUAAUAAUAUACAAGAUGAUAACUAUGUAUAUGCUAGAUUAAAUGAAAUAAAAUUCUCUCAUAUUUUUAAUGAUAAAUUUGUUCCCUUAUUUUCUGUAAAAGAUAUAUUUAAAAAUUAUGUCUUCUUAAUGAAUAAAGAGAAAUAUUUUUUUGACAUAUCUUUUUUCAAACGUUCUUGUUUGUUCAUGUUUUUAGAUGAACACGCCAAUAAAAAAAAUCACGUAAAAUCAACAAGUGUACAACAUUUCUUUUAUUAUAAAAAAUUUGAUUAUCCAUAUAUAUAUAAUGUAGAUAAUAAUUAUUGCAUAAACACAUUGAAACGUUUCAAUGAAAUUUUGUUAUAUCUAACAUCAUGGAUAGAUAUAUUUCAUACAAGUGAAGAGGAGAAUAAUAAUUCUCAAGAGGGGGAUCAAUUAAAUGAGGAAGAUGAGCAAAAACAAAAUGAUCAACACCCAAAUGAACAGGAUGAUGAAAUGUUUGGAGACGAGAAACAAAUAGAAGAUGAAUAUGAUUAUGAUGACAAUGAUGAAGAAUUUAAUGGAUCAGAAGACGAUGAUGUUGAAAAUAGGGAUGAUUAUAAUGAUAAUAAUGAAAUGAAAAGCAAGGGUCACUACGGAAAUUCAAAAAGUAUAAGAUCAUAA